CUCAAACAUUUGUGUAGGCAAGGUGAGUUGCAUACACAGAUUGACUGGCCCGAAGCCAAAACUAGUUAUGCCAGAUCUUUGUCACUAACCCCAGGGCCAGCAAACUCAGGGGAUCUCGAAUAUGACUGCUUACAUGACGUUUGCAUAUCCAGUCUUAUGUGACCGUCACUAUCAAACUAUUGCAUUCUUUGACCUCAUCAUAGAUUCUGCAGCCUCCCGCGAAGCCAAGGUCAGACAUGCAGCAAACUUGUGCGAGCAAAUACCUCGCGGCGGCGACGUGGGCGUGUCGUCUCAGGCUCGUUUUUACGCAGCCAGAGAGCAGUCUCGUCUUUAAAAGGCACAACCUGCUUUCAGUUACGAACUCAUGUAUUUAUCAAAUAGACGCACGAUGACUAAAAGAAAUUAUAUAUAAACCAAACUAAAACAAGCUUCUUACCAUGACGCAUGAUUUCUUAGAAGAACACUCUUUGGAUGACACAAUGAAGAACGUCAACUGCACAGAAAUAAACUUGGAUUUUACGCACACAUUUUUGCCCAUCGUUUAUAUUCUGGUGUUUAUUAUCGGGAUCAUCGGUAAUUGCUGGGGUUUGUAUUCAGUGAAGAAGAACUGGAAGAAACUUGGUAAUAUCAACAUCUUUGUGCUAAACCUUGGAGUUGCCGAUCUGCUCUACGUGUUUUGUUUGCCUUUCCUGGUGGUUUAUUACUUCAAUAAAAGCAAAUGGAUCUUCGGAUACACAUUCUGCAUGGUGACCAGGUUCUGCUUCAAUCUGAACUUGUACGGCAGCAUCGGCUUCCUUACAUGCAUCUGCGUUUACCGGUACCUCGGUAUCGUCCACACCAUGGAGGUGAUGGGUAGGAUCAAAACCCGACAUUCAGUGUGGAUAAGUGUGUUGGUAUGGUGUUCCGUCUUGAUUCAGAUAAUUCCCGACAUGUGCUUUGACAAGGCGCCGGAAAACUCCUCCGACGCAUGCUAUGACACUACAGCCGACAACCGGAUCGGGGAUUAUCUUCCAUACAGCAUCGGGUGGUCCAUUACUGGAUUCGGCAUCCCACUGCUCGUCAUCCUUUGGUGCUACGGCCACGUCGCGGUGGUCCUCGCAACCCGAGCCAACGUCGAUGCCCUGCUGAAGCAGCGAUGCCUGAAACUGGUCAUCAUCUUGAUCAUCCUGUUCUCCGUCUGCUUCAUCCCCUACCACGUGCUGAGGAACCUUAACUUGGUGACGAGGAUACUUAAGAACAAAGGCACGUGCCACGAAAUGUACAAGGACAUUUACGUCGCCCACCAGGUGAGUCGCGGACUGGCGAGCAUGAACAGUGCCAUCAAUUCCUUGAUUUAUCUUCUGGGGAACGACGAUUUCCUCCUGCGCUUCCACGGGUACAGCAUGAGGGCCAGGAUGUCCCUGUCCCGAAUAGCGGGGGUCGUUAUCUACAAAAAGCCUCAGGAGUCGGACUCUAUGGACGGAGCUGCAUGAGAGCUUGGCAUCGCGCACAGAUACCUCCAUAACAGUUCUUAUCAAGGACUUAACGCCCCGUCAUGUACAGUAACAUCACACCGUGAGCACUUUUGCAAAGUUACCCUUGACCUUCGUAGUUAACGCAUUGUGAAUUACGCGAUGUACUUUUCUUACGAUUCUUAUGUUGUUAGAAGUUUUAAAUAUUUUAAGUAUCGUCGUAAAAUUUUUAUCUACUAUAGACAAAUUCGUAAUGGAAUAACGUGAACGUUUGAAAUGUAUUUAUACUUGUAACAUAUUGUUUAUUUUCCUCUCUUUCAACUUCGGUCUAUUUAAUCAAGAAAAUCUUAGUUUUGUAUUAUAUUUUUCAUUGCUCGUACUAUAUUUUGUGUGUCAGUCUGUAUAAAAAUAAGAAAGAACAAGAAAAACAGGCUAUGUUAUGCUGCUGAGUGGGCAUACGGAGUUGCCUAAUUAACUAUAGGCCUAUUGGGAAAUUGUUAUAUGCUAGGCCUAUAGAUAUUAGUCAUGUAUUUGUGAGCCUUGUUAAAUGCAUAGUGGUGCAAUAAUGAUUAAAUAUAAAAUAAUGGUUGAA